AUGGCAGCUCUCAAAGAUCAGCUGAUUCAGAAUCUUAUUAAGGAAGAACAGACCCCUCAGAAUAAGAUUGCAGUUGUUGGGGUUGAUGCUGUUGGCAUGGCCUGUGCCAUCAGUAUCUUAAUAAAGGAAUUUGCAAAUGAACUUCUGCUUGUUGAUGUCAUAGAAGACAAAUUGAAGGGAGAGAAGAUGGAUCUCCAAUGUGGCAGCCUUUUCCUUAGAAUACCAAAAAUUUUCUCUGGCAAAGACUAUAGUGUGACUUCAAACUCCAAGCUGGUUAUCAUCACAGCUGGGGCAUGUCAGCAAGAGGGAGAGAGCCAUCUUAAUUUGGUCCAGCAUAACAUGAACAUCUUUAAAUUUGUCUUUCCUAAUGUAAAAUAUAGCCUGAACUGCAAGUCUCUUGUUUUUUCCAAUCCAGUGGAUAUCUUGACCUAUGUGGCUUGGAAAAUAAGUGACUUUCCCAAAAACCGUGUUAUUGGAAGUGGUUGCCAUCUGGAUUCAGCCCAGUUCCAUUAUCUAAUGGGGGAGAGGCUGGGAUUUCACCCAUUAAGCUGUCAUUACUGGGUCCUUGGGGAGCAUGGAGACUCUAGUGUGCCUGUACGGAGUGGAGUGAAUGUUGCUGGGGUCUUCUUGAAAAAUCUGCACCCUGAAUUAGGCACUGAUGCCAAUAAGGAAGAGUGGAAAGAGUGCAGAUACACUUUGGGGGAUCCAAAAUGA